UGAAACUGCAUCCAUCAUCCAGUUUGGAAGGUCAUCAAAACGACUACCUGAUGGGAAUUUGAUAGGCCAGUAUGGAAAUGGAUUGAAAUCAGGUACGAUGCGGAUAGGGCGUGAUUUCAUCCUGUUCACCAAGAAGAAUGACACAAUGAGCUGUCUCCUGCUAUCUAGGACAUUCCAUGAACAGGAGAAGAUCGAGGAGGUUAUUGUCCCCAUGCCAUCAUUCAAUGCCAGUACAGGAACACCCUUAAUAGGAACAUCAGCUGCAGAGAAAGAAAGGCAUCGAGUAGAAAUGGAUAUAAUUCUCAAGUACUCACCCUUUCAUACAGAAGAGGAACUCUUUAGGCAAUUCAGACAGAUCAAAAACUCAGGAACUCUUGUCAUUGUGUAUCAUAUGAAGCUGUUAGACAACGGAGAACCUGAACUCGAUGUGUUUUCUGAUGAUACAGAUAUAUUGAUGGGAGGUGUUAACUCACAGGAUAUCACCUAUGAUAAUGGAAUGUACCCAGAAAGGUACUCCUUCAGAGCAUAUACAAGAAUAUUGUAUGCAGAGCCGAAGAUGAAGAUAUAUAUCCAAGGACGGAAAGUAAGGACAAGAAAGCUCACAUAUGUCAUGUAUAAACCAAAGCUUUACAAAUACAGUUCCAAUCGCUUCAAGAAAAGGUCUGAGACGGAUGCAGCAAGAGCCGCAGAAGCAGCAAAGAACGCUAAGGAGAAUGAAAGAGAAGCUGUCAGCAAACUCAAAGACCUUGAAUUGAAAUAUAAGAACAUUAAUACCAAAGACUCAAGAGCCAAGAUCAGGCAAGCACAGGCCCAUGCUCAAGAUAUGAAGGAAGAGUCUGCAAUGAGGCAUAAAAUAGCCGACAUUAAACAGAAGGCCAUGAAGGAACCAAAGACGUUAGAUUUUAUCUUUGGUGUCAAUAUUGAGAACCGACGGCAGCAGGGGAUGUUUAUCUAUAACUGUGAUCGUCUUGUGAAGAUGUAUGAGAAAGUGGGUCCUCAGCAGGAUGGUGGAGUCAUGUGCAGUGGAGUCCUGGGCUAUGUCAACAUUCCGUACAUCGUUCUAGAGCCGACCCAUAACAAACAGGACUUUGCUGACAACAAAGAGUAUCGGUUGCUCCUGAAGUCCCUGGGAGAACACAUCAUACAGUACUGGAAAGAUAUCAAUAUAGUUAACCAAGGAGUGUUGAAGUUCUGGGAGAGUUACGGUUACGUGAGUGCAAACUGGAAGGAUGCCCCUUCGCAAGAAGCCAAGUUCAUCAGGAAAAGAGCCAUGCAACUGCCAACAAUGAUACAAUGCAACUCUUGCCUGAAAUGGAGACAACUGCCGUUUUCUACCAGCACUAUCGGUAUAGAGUACCCUGAUAACUGGGAAUGUUCAAUGAAUAAAGAUACCACUCUCAAUAGAUGCAGUAAUCCUGAGAAGAAGCUGUCCAUUCCUACAGGAACCAUGAGAAAGGAAAUAAAAAGUGCAGAGGAAAAACAGAAAGAUCUUGAAGAGGACAUCAAGAAGAAACAGCAGAAGCUUCAGCAAAUGGAAAGAACCAAAAAGUUAUUUUCAAGACGUCGGCGAUCCCCAACUCCUGAAUCACCUUCUCCGCCACCAUCUCCUCCUAGACCGAAGAAAAUUGCAAGGUCCACUCCAAAACCAAGCCCUAAACCUGCUCCAAAACCAGCGCCAACACCUAAACACAUUCCAAAAGGGAAGGCCAAGCCAAUUCCUAAAGUUCAACCAAAGCCACCUCCAAAACCAGUUCCUAAACCCAAAGAAGAACUUGUCACAAAGAGGCAGUUUUCGUCUAAAGUGAAACCGAUCGGUAAAGCUUCUCCAGUCGUGCAUCAACGGCCAGUUAGCCCUAAGCCUGCCAAGCGGUCAGCUGCAAUCGCCCCUGCCAAACGCCCCAUCCCUAGCCCUAUAGCAAGCCCUCCACCUUCAUCUCGGACCAAGGUGGUUAUAGAGGAUGAUGAGCCGGUCUUGGAACUAGAGCCUACUCCUAAGAAGAAGAGGAAAGUCAGCGAGUCAUCACAAGAUUCCCAGGACUCACAGGACACAGCAGAGAAGAAUGCAAACAGUGAAACAGACACAGAGUUGGAAGGAGUGGGGGUCAAAGUUGAAACCCUUAUUAAAGGUCAGUGGCACAAAGGUCAAGUUGUCAAGGUCAGCAGGAAGCCAGAUAGUGGCGACAAAUGGAAGGUCAAGUUUGAUGACCAUCCUAAAGACAAGUUUGACAAAUGGUAUGAUAAGGAAAGCUCAGAUCUUCGGUUGCAGGGUAGUGAAGAUUCUAUGUCAUCGCAAGAAGAAGAAAUCAAGCAGGAUACGGACAAGCCAGUUGGAAAGACAGAAGGAAAGACAAAAGAGAAGGCAGAAGAAACAAAAGAAGAAAAGACAGAAGAGAAGAUUGAAAAACAGAAGCCUGAAAAGAAAGUAGAAGAAAAGACAGAGAAAGAAAAGACACCAGAGGAGUCGGCUAAACCAGUAAAGGAAGUGAAAGGAACAAUAAAGGAAAAGAAGGAGAGUGAUGAAGAGAAGAAAGAACCCAAAGAUAAUGAUAUAGUUGAAGAGAAAAAGAAAGAGGAACCAAAAGGAAAGAGCAUAGAGGAGGCAGGAGGAAGCAAAGAGAAAGAGGAAGUGGAUAAAUUAAGCCAACUGAAUGGCUCACUUUGUGAUGGUUUCAGAACAUGCUUGAGGUAUUUCCUCCCACCAGAGUGGACAAUGUCAAAAGAUGAUAUCAAUGACAUGGAUGCCAAGAAGCUAACUGAGUUUCCACUUGACAAUUUCUUUGACCACUAUGAGAAGGGAUUACGAGAUUUGGUUGGCAGAUAUCAGGUGAAUGCUGAAGAAAAAGAGAAGGAAGCUAUGACUGCUCAGGGUAAACUCAACAAUCUACGCAAGAUGGUGGCACAACUACUUUCAACAUUACAUGAUACACAGGACGGUCUUUCAAUAGAGAGUAUGAAAGGAGAUGAAAUUGACAACUUGCUGGCAGUGUGUCUGAAAGAACAGGAAUGAAGUAACUUUCACUGAAUGUCACUUUGAAGAACAUUACUGUGUAAUGGAUGAAUGACUCCUAGUUGAUGCAACAUUAGCCAGUGUAUAUACAAGACUGAUCAUCAUUAUCAUCAUUACCAUGCAUGCAGAACCAAGGGAAAUUAGUCUGGUUCAUCUCAUGCCAGUAUUUCGUUCGCAGUGGGAUGUGUUCACUGAUUUCUUCACGAAGGCAAUGGAGAGAAUCACACUAGAGAGAGCCAGUUUGAUUAUGUGCAAAUAAAUGAAAGACCUAUUCCCCAUCUUGUAACAAGUUAGAAUUGAUUGAGAUUAAUCUCAACAGAGAUGUUCAUCAAUUAAAAAUAAAGAUAUGAUUUGUGAUCGGUAUGAGCUUUGGUUUGGUCUUCAUAAGAUGUAUCCUGGGCCCAUUUUCAUGAUACUUUGUCAUCAAUAGCAAAUACUAGAUAUCUAUCCUGAAUUUUCUUUUGACCAAUCAAAUUGGAGGACUUCAGUAGCUGAUAACAGUAACUUGUAACUUGUCAUUGAUAAAAAGCUCGAUGAAGCCAGGGAGUGUUUCUCAAAGAGUUAAACCUAUUACUUAGAGCCAUGAUUAAAUGCUGACAUGCACAUGAUAUCUGAGGCACAAUCUUAUUGUUUAAUACGCAGUGGCGCACGUCUUCUUAGCAUCCCCUGAUCCUAUUGUAGGGUACAGGAUGACUAAAGAAAAAUGCACUCAGGUUAUGAAUGAUAACAUCUCAAAAUGAGACAUUCAUUGAAAGUAAUGAAUAUGGCUAAUUGGGUCAAUAGUGCUGAAGCCCAACUGUUAAGUACUUCUAGCAUUGCAUAGAAGGUAGAUGAGUUCUUUCACGAUGUCACAUAUCAUAUUCUCUCGAUGUUGUUUACAUACUGUGUAUGCUAACCUGGUGGCUCUCAAAGAGCGUUUCCAGGAAUAAAGAUGAAUUUCAUGGUGCUCAAAUAUGUGUAAAACUGCAAGAUUUGUAUCAUGUAACUUCUUAACUGUCAUCACAGGUAUAGAGCCAUGAUCAUUAAGUCUCAUCCGCCCCAAUGAAAAGUGAGUGAGAUGAUACAGAAUGUUUUAUUCUUGUGAUUACAGUAUUGUUGGAAAGUGUUUGAUGUUUGUUUUCUCUCAGCUGUUACAAAUUGAGACAAAGGGAAGUUGGACAUACCUGUAAACUUGUGUAUUAUUAUAUGGAAUUGCCAACCUGUUUGUAAGAGACAUUCCUCAUGAAACACAGUUCAAAAUACAAGAAAAGCAAUUAGUGAGGUUUGUGCAGAUCAAGCAGGUCACAGUUCGACACAAGUGGUGCUGAGGAGAAUGAUUUACAAAGCUUUUCAUCAAGGACUCUCAUUGACAACUGAUACAAGCUACUGAAAUCCUUGCAUCUGAUUGGCUCUGUCAGUGAAAACUGAUGAGAUAAACCAGUUCAACCUUCCCAAUAAAACCCACCUAUUGUCUCCAUACAGAUUGAAAUAGCUGCCUACAUCAAAUACAAGGAUUUAAUAAACUAUGCCAUUCUAUAUGCCCACUGGGCACUUGCAUAACAAUUUGAGGGGGGGGG